UUUUCCAGUGACGUAACGUUCGGCAUGUAUUAGGGUUAGAAAUGCAUUUAAUGUUGUAUAAAGUAUCAUUUUAAUAUUCUUUAAGAAGGUUUUCAACGAGGCGUUUUGCACCCAAAUUUUAUUUAGAAUUAACAUAUCAUUAGCAGUGCUCUUCCAAAGAGAUUGUGAUUUGCUCCAGGGUAUAAUUGCAUGUACAUUUCCGAAGUAGACAACAUGGCAAGAGGACCGUUACGCUGUAAAAUUGGACCUUCAAUUUUAAAUUCGGACUUGUCGCAAUUGUAUCAGGAAUCACAACGAUUGCUAGAUAACGGUGCGGAUUAUUUACAUUUAGAUGUGAUGGAUGGUCAUUUCGUACCAAAUUUAACCUUUGGUCAUCCUAUUGUUAAAUGUCUGCGCACAAAAAUUAAAACUGCCUUUUUUGAAACGCACAUGAUGGUUUCCAAUCCAGAGCAGUGGAUUGAACCGAUGGCGGAUGCUGGAGUUAAUUUGUAUACAUUCCAUAUAGAGCCGGUAAAGGAGAUACCAAAGACCUGUAGACUAAUUCGGGAAGCCGGCAUGAAAGUGGGUUUGGCUUUAAAACCAGCAUCAGGAAUUGAGGAUGUUCGUCAAUUUAUAGAUUUAGCCGAUGUGAUACUAGUUAUGACUGUAGAGCCCGGUUUCGGUGGUCAGAAGUUUUUGAAGGAUAUGAUGCCGAAAGUGCAAUGGCUGAGACAUAAUUAUCCGUUGUUAGAUAUCGAAGUUGACGGUGGUGUAGGCCUAAACACAAUAAACGAUUGCUCAGAGGCUGGUGCCAAUAUGAUCGUAUCCGGAACGGCGAUAAUCAACGCGGUGAAUCAACGAUCCGUUAUCGCUAGCCUUCGAGAAACUGUUGAAAGUUCAAUUCAUAAGUGUAAUGUUUAGUUAAUGCACGGAAAA